AUGAAGGACAGAGAGGAAUCUUCUAGUUCUACAAGAACAACAACAAACAACCCUAAAGAAGAACACGAACCUAGAGAAAUCAACAUCCGACCAUUCUCUUCUGUUCCUUCUUCUCCUCGAAACGCUUCUUCUAAAUACGAUUUCGUCAAGGUGAAAGUAUGGCUUGGAGAUGCCGAUCACUACUAUGUUCUGUCUCGGUUCUUAGUCUGCAGAAUGUUAACUGUAACUAAGAUCCCAAAUCAUGUAGCUGUAAAGAUUUCUCUUGAACUCAAGAAGCUUCUGAUUGAUAACAGCCUUCUCGAUGUGUCUCAGGCCGAUUUGGAAUCAAGUUUGUUUAUGCUUAUGGAGCGACGCGGUUAUGGGCAGGAAUACAUUAAUCGCUACAAUAUGAUGACAAAAUUUCAUCAUCAGAGAGUACCUCUGAUUAUACUUGUUUGCGGAACAGCAUGUGUUGGCAAGUCCACAAUCGCCACACAACUUGCUCAGAGACUCAAUUUGCCUAACGUCUUACAUACAGACAUGGUAUAUGAGCUGCUUCGGACAGCAACUGAUGCUCCGUUGACAUCAACACCUGUAUGGACUCGAGAAUUCGAUUCAUCAGAAGAGUUGAUAAACGAAUUCUGUAGAGAAUGCAGAAUUGUUCGUAAAGGACUUGCUGGUGAUUUGAAGAAAGCAAUGAAAGAUGGGAAACCAAUUAUCAUUGAGGGAAGACAUUUAGAUCCAAGCAUAUACUUGAUGAAUGAUGAGAACAAAGCUCCAUCAAACGAUCCUGACAAGAGCAGCAAAGAAACAGAGUCUUCAGGAGAUCUAGCCUCGGACAAGAACCCCGAGUCUGGUUCUUCAAACAGUAAAGAAACCGAGGACGAGAGUGCUAUGAAACCUCAUUCUCAGGCUGAAGCUGUCAUUGACUUAUCAGAGAAAGUUACACAAUGUAAAAUCGAUGGUAUUGAUCAAAGUGCAGCAGAAAGUGCAAAAGAAGCCGAAAAGAAAAGAAAAUCUGGAGAUGGAAGUGGGAAGUCGAAAUCUGUCCCUGAACCUAUUGUCAUAUCUAUUGUCUUAAAGAUGGCUGAAUUUGAUCAUAAGGCUUUGCUAGAGGAGUGGAUCUCUUCUCGUACGUCUGGAGAUAAAUACACAUCUAAGGAGAAAGAUAGACUAAUUACGAACCUAAAGACCAUUGAGGACUACCUUUGUUCCUUCAAUUCGCAGGGGGUUACGGUUGUAAAUAUAUCGGCGACAACAUUCCCGCAGACACUGGACUGGCUUCACAACUAUCUUCUUCAGCGUAUUGAGGAAGGGAUUCGAUCAUCGGAGAAUGAGACAACGAAGAAGUGA